AUGUCGGUGCUGGAGGAUCUGGUCCAGGCGUUUCGCGCCCAAGCCAUCAAGAACCUGGAUGCCGAUACCUUGGAGAGCUGCGCAACCAUUUGCACCAACUAUGGGAUGAAGGCCCACCAGCUGGUUGAUCGAUGGAGCACCUUUUGCAUCCGUGCCGAACUUCCCGAGAAGCCCUCCGUAGACAGCCUGCGCAUUCUGACUGCCGAGCUGGCCAAAGAAACGCAGCAAGAAGCCGAAGUACCAGCCACCCCACGCUCCGGGGGUGCUGGCGGCAUGCUCUCUGCUUUUGGCGCCAAUACAGAGAUUACCGCCAAGGUGUCGGAAAAACAACAAUCUCGCAAGCGGAGCUCUCAACGCCGCCAUCAAUUUGCAGAACCCACACCCAAGCGAGCCGGCGCUGACAACUCGCCUUCCACACCCACCCGUGGUACCAGCGCCUCACCGGCAUCAACACCUUCUGUCAAAAGCUACGAGGAGCGCCUGAAUAAAGACCGAGUAGAAGUUACUUUCAAUCCAGCCAAGCGUUCCACCACGGCCCCGAACCGCGACCAGCGAACACCGCUCACUGUGGCUGUCUUCCCCAACGCCCUUGAGAAGACUUACCGUUUCAUGUAUGAAAAACUUUUGGAUCGCGCUGCCAUUGUGGAUCUACUCAUCGACGAUCGGACUGAGCAGUUGAUAAAGAAGAACAAGCUGCUCCAACCUGCAGUACCGGCUGUUGGCGAUGAUCCCAAAAAGGAACAGGAGACCCAAGAGCGCAUGGCGAGUGUGGCAGCCCCAACACAAGACAACGUCCUUGUUGCGGGCCGCGUGUGUGUAGACGCUGGUGACGAUGGUCGCCUAACGGCUCACAACAUGGUGCUUGAGGUGGUCGCCGUUGAGGGCUCCAACUCGGCCGGUGAUUGCAUUCACGCCAAGUCCAUCUUUAGCGAUGCCUCAGCACCGCACGCUCGCACUCGGCCCAGUGAACUACUCGACUAUUACUUCAAAGACAACAGCAGCGAAGAGCAAGCUCUGGACAUUAUGGUGGCAACAGGCCCCUUUUCGACCUCGGACAACCUAGGGUACCAACCUCUGAUCGACCUCCUCGUGGUGGUCGAGAACAACGCUCCAGACGUCCUCAUCCUACUCGGCCCUUUCAUCGACAUUGAGAACAAGAAGGUCGAGAGAGCUGACCUGGAUCAAACUUUUACUCAACUUUUUGAUGAAAUGAUUGAAAAAGUCUGGGCCAAAGUCGAGCCCUUGUCUCACACACAUGUCAUUUUUAUCCCAUCGCUGCGCGAUGCCCAUCACGACUUUGUCUACCCCCAAGGCCCGCUAUCCAGCUCACACGCCAAGUUACUCGAACAGGAGCGCAUUUUUUGGUUUCCCAACCCUUGCACCUUCAAAAUUCAAGAGCUGGUUUUUGGCGUCAGCAACACGGACAUCUUGAUGCAUCUUUCCAAGCAAGAAUCGGCACACAAUGCAGGGUCAGAUCGCAUGGCGCGGUUAGCCCAUCACCUGAUUCAACAGCGAAGCUACUAUCCCUUGCUACCCCCGGACCAGAGCGUCCCCCUCAACUAUGCCCACAUCGAUCACGUGGCCAUGCCUGUCACACCCGACGUGCUCCUUGUACCGUCUGACCUCCGGUUUUUCAUCAAGGAGGUGAACGGCUCGCUUAUCAUGAACCCGGGUCGUUUGACCAAGUACACCAUGGGUGGAACCUACGGGCGUAUGGUCAUUCACGCGCCGCGUCGCAAUGACAUUCCUGAAGGCAAAAAAACCGUUUAUUCCAAUGUGAUAGAUCGCACAGCUGCUGCCAUCCUUGUGCACAACCGCAGCUACCCUCACUUCGAAAGCCCAACGCCAGUGUGCACUCUUCACCAAAUGGUCAGGACCAACCAUGAGGUGCCAACAGACCCGAAAGCCAUCCAGUCUGAAACUUGUGACGAGUCACGAGACUCGGCUAUUACGUCGGAUCAGCGGCUGCCUGCCAUCUCCCGCGAGACGACGGCGGGGUGGGCAGACGGACGGACGAGUCGCAUGAGUCACUCUUGGUUCUUCUCAUUCGCUUGUCUGUGUGUGGGUGUGGCCAUGUCGCAGCAGCUCCCCUUGACGAACGACGCAUCGCGCUUCGCAGCGCACCUCCAACCCGGAGAGCAGGUGGUGCGGGUCGUUCGAUCCCAGGACCCCUACGCUGUUGUGCGCGAACUGCGCCCCCUGGCUUUUAUCGGCAUCUUCUUGGGCCUGCUCUUCGUCGUCCCUGGCAUCUAUGGCCUCAUCUUUUGGAUCGGCUAUGCCUCCUCCAUGAAGGGCAAGGCUCGCAACGGCGCCCUCAUCGUCACCAACAAGGCCAUCUACAUGUAUACUGAUCCCUAUCCUUUCCUGGGCUGCUGCUUCCCCUGCAUCUUCACCACGGCGCGCACGGUGAAGCGCUACGCCUAUGACCAACUCGACGACGCUCAAUACCUGGUCCCUGGAGAAGGCACCUGGCCAAUGCAAGGCUAUCAUCGUUUGACUCUGGAAGUCCGCGACAACCCCAACCGUCCCGUCACCACCCACAUUGCCAUCUAUCAGCCCGAUCAAACCGGGGACGUGGUUCAAACAAUCAAUGCGCUCAAGGACGCUAACAUGCGCGCCGCGACUACCUCCAACAGCACCAUUGUGGUAACGGUACCCCAGCAAGGCGAUUCCAAGAUGCCCUCGGCACCCUAUCAGCCGACCCCGGCGCCUUCAUUUGCCACCGCCGCAAGCGCAGCCCCCCCGCCGCCUGCAUCCUAUCAAGGAUAUCAACCCACCGCCGCCACUGCCCCCGCCGCCACUGCCCCCGCCCCCUAUCCUGCGCCUAGCUACAGCGAGAUGCCCCCACCUUACAAGUAG